GGGCCUCCAUUUGCCGUUGAGGCGGAGCGGUAGAAGGCCCCGCCCUCGGCUUGUCACCUGUCCGUCGCUCUGUGCUGAUGUGUCUGCGCUCGGUUGGGCGAAAGUCUGAGCGGAGGCCGCAGGCUUGUGACGGACGAUGGGCCGCCGCGGAGCCGCCGAGUUGUACCGCGCGCCCUUCCCGCUCUACACCGUCAGCGUCCCGCGGGCUGGCCUGGUGGUGACCGCGGGCGGCGGAGGCGCCUCCAAGACCGGCAUCAGCAACGGGGUGCAUUUCCUGCGGUUGGAGCGAGUGGCUGGCAGCUUGUCCGCCACACUGAUCCAUUGCCAUGACACGGAAACACGAGCCCCCAUGAACAUGGCAGUAGCCGGAAAUAUUCUGGCCGUGGGGCAAGAUGCCACUUGUCAUGUACUUCGCUUCCAAGAAGAAAAAGAGAAAACUGCGCCGAGAAAGAACAGCAAAAAAGAUGACACAGUGAAGAAGGCAGAGACGAAGAAACGGAGACAAGCCAAUAAAACGGCAUGUAAUGCAGGUGGGGACACGCAGAAGGAGACGUCGGAGAUAACGGUGGAAGCACUUCAUGUUGUGCGCACGGACCUAAGCACAGAUGCCCUGCAGAAAUGUGUUCGGUUUAACCAGGCCCACUCCAUUCUCGCAACCGGUGGUGUGGAUGGAUACAUUCGGGUGUGGGAGUUUCCCAGUAUGAAGAAGUGUUUUGACUUCCAAGCUCAUGAAGCAGAGGUUGAAGACUUGGACAUCAGUCCUGACAAUAAGAUAGUGACGGUGGGACGAGACUUCAAGUGCUGUGUCUGGAAAAAUGACCAGUUGGUGACAAGCUUAUGCUGGAAUGAGAACAUGCCUCAGAUUACUGAGAAGAUGUACCGAUACCAGGCAUGCAGAUUUGGGAAGGUUGAGGAUAAUAAGGAAGCUCUCCGCCUUUACACUGUGCAGAUCCCACAUAAACGAGAACGAAAGCCCCUUCAGUGCUACAUCAGCAAAUGGGAUGGAAAUACCUUCCUGCCGCUUCUCACUCGCGAUUGUGGCAACGAAGUGAUCUCCGCAAUGUCAGUCAGUGAACUGGGAACAUUUGUAGGUCUUGGCACCGUGACUGGAUCAGUCGCUAUCUACAUUGCAUUCUCACUACAGCAAGUUUAUUAUGUGAAAGAAACGCAUGGGAUUGUGGUGACGGACUUGGCCUUUUUACCUGAUGUUCGCCAAACCAGGGAGGUGACAGGAGAGACUGAGGCUGCAUUGCUGAGUGUGGCUGUGGACAGCCGAUGCAAGUUACAUCUGGUUCCAAGCCGGCAAAUGUUCCCAGUCUGGGUGGUCUUGCUGCUGUGUGGACUGAUCAUCGUGAUGACAAUCCUCCUCUUGCAGCACCUGUUUCCUGGACUCUUGUAAUCUUCCUUCCUGAAAGGAUGGUGCUGCCUGACUUUCAUGUGAUCUUGGUAUGACUGGGCUGGAGCAGCCACAUUGUGGCCCCUCAACACUCCUCGUGCAGCCGGGCGUCUGUGAACUGGUCAACCCCGUGUCCAGGGAGAGGUUUCACCGUCUGCACAGCAUGGAUCUGCUGUUCACACUAAAUCCCCCUCAGCAGUAAACUCCAGAUCCAAAUAAGUUUCCUCUGAUUUUGUGCAUCUUUCCAUGAACCAAUCCCUCUCUGUGGUCCUUCUCUCACUGUCAUUAAAUUAGCUCUUGAUUUUGUAUGUCAA